AUGCUUGCUGGACCACGUCCAAAUUUUAAUACUGGCCCUCCUUCACAAUCAAUGCAACAACAAUCACAACCACCAUCUCAAAUGUAUCCAAAUCAAUUUCAAGCACCCACUCUACCACCUAAUUUUCCAGGCGCUCAACAACAACAACAACGUCCUAUGUUACCACCCAAUUUUCCUGGUAGUCAACAACAACAUCAACUACCACCAUCAUCAAAUCAACCAUCUUCAUCACAACCACAUUAUCCUACAGGCAAUCAACAACCUCUACCACCACCACAAUAUCAAUCACAAGUAUCCAAUCCUACAGGUGUUCAACAAAUAUCACCAGGACAAUUCCCAUCACAGCCACCUCCUUUAGCAACUAAUCAACAACAAUUCCCAUCACAACCACC